AUGUCUAGUUUUCAGCAAAGUUAUUUGGCUAAGUGGGAACAAAUUCCGGAGUUUUCUUCGUGGCUUUCACGUUAUAAAGAUGACGAGUACGCCGCCUUUUGCAAAGCAUGCAGUGAGAAACUCCAAAGUAGAUUAGCAUCUAUAAAACAACAUGCAAAUAGUGAAAAGCAUAAAUCGAACUUUAAAAAAUAUAAAGGACAGUCAAAGGUUGAUAAAUUUUUUAGAAAGGUACUACUGAAAGACGAAGUCAAGAAAGCUGAACUCUGUUUUUGCAGUUUUUUUGCAGAACACAACAUCCCUUUUAGAGCUAUGGACCAUCUUAGUGAAAUUCUAGUAAAGUGUUUUCCCGACUCCGAAAUUGCGAAAGAAUUUUCCUGCAAGAGGACCAAAGCAGCCGCUAUAACUUAUAACGUUUUAGGACCCGAAUUUGAAAAAGAUAUGAUUGUAGACAUACUUCCUACUGCAUCUCCGUCAGGUAAACCAGUUUAUUCAAUUGUAAUUGACGAAAGUACAGAUGUUGCCACAGUCAAAGUAUUGGCGAUAGGAAUCAAAUACUUCUCUGAAACCGAAUGUACAGUAAAAACCAAAUUCCUUGAUUUAGUUGAUUUAAGUGGUGAGACCGCAGAUCAUUUAUUUAAUGCUUUGUCAUCAAAGUUAUCCGAAUUAGGUUUAGAUAUAAAAGAUGUGUUGGGAUUCGCUGCUGAUACUACGAAUGUGAUGUUUGGUCAACAUUCUGGCAUUUUUGCAAAAAUUAAAGAAGUGAACCCAAAGUGCUUUUUCAUAAAAUGUGUUUGUCACUCUGCAGCAUUAAGUGUUAGCCAUGCUUGCAAAAUACUGCCUAGAAAUUUAGAACAGAUGAUAAAAGAAGUAUAUGGAUAUUUUUCUCAAAGCAGCAAGCGUCAAAGAGAAUUUGCUGAGUUCCAAAAUUUCACUGACACUGAAAACCAUAGACUAUUACGUCAUUAUGAUAUAAGGUGGCUAUCGCUUCAUGCUUGUCAAACUUCCCAAGGUGGCUUCACUUUUAAAGAUUCAAACAAACAUGAUGCAAUACCAUCAACUUCUAGUGUUUCGUUGGUAAAAGAAAGUACUUCCAGAUUGCACAUUUCACAUGGUGGUUUCACUUAUAAAGAUUCAAACAAAAAUGAGGCAAUACCAUCAACUUCUAGUGUUUCAUUGGUAGAAGAAAGUGGUUCCAGAUUGCAAACUUCACAUGGUGGUUUUACUUUUAGACAUAGUGAACCAGAAGCAACACCAUCAACUUCUAGUGUGGCGUUCCUAGAGAAAAGGAAUUCCAGAUUGGUAAAUAUUUAA